AUGAAAUAUGUAUUAAGUAAUAUAUCUAUAGUUUAUUAGUAGGCUUCUCUGAUAUUAAGCACUGUUUAUUUGUCUUAAAAGUAGGAUUGCUUAGGAAGAUAGAUGUUUAUGUUUAAGAUGUAUAAUUGAAAGAAUGGGAAAGAAGGGAAUGA